UUUUAUUUAAGAGCAACAGAAUAAUAAAAUCUUUACUAGUGUUCAGUUUAGAAGUUUUAACUUCUAGUUGUCACUUCUAAAUAAAACUUAAUGAGAUUUUAAUUUAACGAUUAAAAUGCAAAAAGUGGUUUUUCUAUGUAUUUUUGCGAUCAUCUGCCAAACAGUAUUUACUGUUGGAUUCGAGAGAACAUGGAUUUUACGCCAAAAACGAAUGACAAAUGAUAAUGAAUGCCGAGCUCUCUUUCCAAGCCCGGAAAAGAAAUUACCUACAUGUUGUCAAAUGCCAAAUAUAUUACCUGGUUUGGACAAUGCUUGGGAAGUAUGCUUUGAAAAGUUCAAACAAUUCAAGGAUAAACAUGCAACAAAAGAAUACAAGGAAAUGGUACACGAAAAUGAGCCACCAUGUCUUUUUCAAUGUGUUUUCAUGCAAUCUGGAUUAACUACUAGCGAUGGCAAAGUCAAUGAAGAUGCUGUCAUAAAAAAAAUGGCGGAAGGAAUGGACAAUGAUGAAAAAUGGAAGUCUAUAUGGCGAAAUACUUUCAAUAAAUGCUUAAAUGAUGUCAAACAAGAAGAUAAAGAACAAAUUAAAGUAAUGAAUACUCCAACAGGAAGAUUGAUGAAGUGUUUCUUAAGAGAUCUUUACAUGAACUGUCCGAAAAAUGUAUGGGUUGAAAAUUCAGAAUGCUCGAAUUUGAAGGAUUUGGUGGAAAAAUGUCCGAAAUUGCCCCCUCCAGUUUUCCAAUCACCACCUAAAUUAAUUUAAUUUAGAAAAUAAAUCAUUUAUAGUAGUAAGGUACUUUUUAGAAAUUAAAAAAUACUUACUACAUUGUGUUGAAUAAUAUAGAUUAAUGGUUUUGAAAUUAAAAAUAAAUAAUGAACACUAGAAUUUAAAAAA